UUGUCCUGCUGGACUCGAAGGAGUCGCAAGCGGAGCUGGGCUGGACCUCGUACCCGUCAAACGGGUGGGAAGAAAUCAGCGGUGUGGAUGAGAAUUACAAGCCGAUACGCACGUACCAGGUCUGCAACGUCAUGGAGCCAAACCAGAACAACUGGCUGCAGACAGGCUGGAUUGCCAGGCGCGAUGGCCAGAGGAUCUUCAUCGAGCUGAAGUUCACCCUGCGGGACUGCAACAGCAUCCCUGGUGUGACAGGCACCUGCAAGGAGACUUUCAAUCUGUACUACGUCGAGUCUGACUCCGACCUUGGCCACAGUGUCCACGAGAGCAAGCACACCAAGAUCGACACCAUUGCUGCUGACGAGAGCUUCACGCAGGGGGACCUGGGUGAGCGUAAGAUGAAGCUGAACACCGAGCUGAGGGAAAUUGGGCACCUGAGCAAGAGAGGCUUCCACUUGGGCUUCCAGGACGUGGGUGCCUGCGUGGCGUUGGUCUCCGUGCGGGUCUAUUACAAGAAAUGCCUCGCCACUGUGCAGAACUUGGCCGUGUUUCCAGACACGGUGGCAGAGACGGCCUUCGUGACUUUGGUGGAAGUUAAGGGCACUUGUGUCGCUCACGCCGAAGUGGACGUGGAUAAUCCCCCCAGGAUGCACUGCAGCGCGGAGGGCGAGUGGCUGGUCCCCAUAGGGAAAUGCACGUGCGGCCCCGGCUUCGAGGAGAAGGACGGGGGAUGCAGAGCACAGGACGUGCUGGUGUCUGAAAUUAGUUGCCGCACCGACUGCCGGGGUCACCGUGUGUCGGGGGACCCACGGGGCCUGGCCGCCGGCCGGAUCCGGGAUGGAUCCAGG